UUCAGCGCAAGUUUGAGCUCCGGAUCGCCGGAUCGCCGGCGGGCUGGAGUCGCGUGCUGGUGGCGGCUGGCGGGCUUCGUGGCGGGGAUGCUGGUCUGUUCCUGCUCAAUUUUGGUGGAUCAUACGGGUGUGCCGGGCUGAAAGGACACAGAGUUAAGUGGUGAAGAACUCGAUCUUGGAGUGUGGUUUCUGCAUAGCUCGUACCUCUCCCAUUGCCUCCCAAGGAUGGUGCCCUCGGGGCCGCCAAACCCAAUGGGGCCUGGGCAACCAGUCGGUGCUGCUUCGCUUCUCCGGACGAAUUCCAGCUUGCUCAGUGGUGGUCAGCAGGGAAUGGGUGGUGGAGGCAUGCUUCAGUCACAGUCCCCAUUCUCGUCUCUUGUUUCCCCUCGCUCACAGUUUGGUGGAAAUGGCCUGCUCGGAGGGGCCUCCAAUGUCUCCUCCCUGCUAAACCGACAGUCUUUUGGAAAUGGGGGGUCUGUGCCGGGUCCUGGGCAGAUACCAAAUGGUGGGUUUUCGAUGAAUACUCUUCAGCAAAGAGGGGGGCUUGAUGGUGCUGGCGAUAUGAUUGGCGCCGGAGGGUCUGAUCCUCUGUCAUUCCCAUCAUCCUCCCAUGUUAGUUUGGGCAAUCACAUAAGUUCAGAUAAUUUGCAGCAGCAGCAGCAGCAGCAGCAGAUGGAUAUGCCAGAUUUGCAGCAGCAGCAGCAGCAACAACAACAACGUCAACUACCAAUGUCUUACAACCAACAGCACUUGCCAAUGCAAAGGCCGCAGCCGCAGGCUACAGUGAAGUUGGAGAAUGGUGGCAGUAUGGGUGGAGUUAAAUUAGAGCAGCAGACGGGGCAUCCUGAUCAGAAUGGCCCAGCCCAGAUGAUGCACAAUUCUGGCAAUGUAAAAUUUGAGCCACAACAGUUGCAGGCGUUGAGGGGUUUGGGCACGGUGAAGAUGGAGCAACCGAAUUCUGACCCGUCAGCAUUCUUGCAGCAACAGCAGCAACACCACCAUUUGAUGCAGCUCACAAAGCAGAAUCCUCAAGCUGCUGCGGCUGCCCAACUUAACCUCUUGCAACAGCAGCGGAUCAUGCAUAUGCAGCAGCAGCAACAACAACAGAUUCUGAAAAACAUGCCUUUACAGAGAAACCAAUUACAACAGCAGCAGCAGCAGCAGGUGCAGCAGCAGCAGCAACAACAACUACAACAACAGCAGCAUCAGCAGCUACUUCGUCAACAGAGUCUAAACAUGAGAACUCCAGGAAAGUCGCCUCCCUAUGAGCCAGGUACCUGUGCAAAGAGAUUGACCCAUUACAUGUAUCACCAGCAAAACAGGCCGCAGGAUAACAAUAUCGAGUACUGGAGAAACUUUGUCAAUGAGUAUUUUGCUCCAACUGCUAAAAAGAGGUGGUGUGUCUCUCUCUAUGGAAGUGGUCGUCAAACUACUGGAGUUUUCCCUCAGGAUGUCUGGCACUGCGAAAUAUGCAAUCGGAAGCCUGGCCGGGGCUUCGAGACAACAGUUGAGGUCUUACCGCGAUUAUGCCAAAUCAAAUAUGCGAGUGGUACAUUGGAAGAACUACUGUAUAUCGAUAUGCCACGUGAGUCCAAGAAUGUAUCUGGUCAGAUUGUUCUGGACUAUACAAAAGCAAUUCAAGAAAGUGUCUUUGAUCAACUGCGUGUUGUACGUGAGGGGCAUCUGAGGAUAAUUUUUAAUCCAGACCUCAAGAUUGCAUCUUGGGAGUUCUGUGCUAGGCGUCAUGAGGAACUUAUUCCACGGAGGUCAAUAAUACCGCAGGUUAGUCAGCUUGGCGCGGUUGUACAGAAAUACCAGGCUGCUGCUCAAAACCCAACCAGUUUAUCAACUCAGGACCUGCAGAAUAAUUGCAACUCGUUUGUGGCAUGUGCCCGUCAAUUGGCUAAAGCUCUGGAGGUGCCUCUGGUAAAUGAUUUAGGAUAUACAAAACGAUACGUCCGCUGUCUUCAGAUUGCGGAGGUGGUGAACUGUAUGAAAGAUUUGAUUGACCACAGCAGGCAGACUGGAUCUGGACCAAUUGAUAGCCUGCACAAGUUUCCUCGCAGGACUCCAUCAGGGAUCAACCCUCUUCAAUCACAGCAGCAACCGCCUGAAGAGCAACAAUCUGUUCCCCAGAGUUCAAACCAGAGUGGUCAAAAUUCUGCUCCUAUGGCUGGUGUGCAGGUUUCUGCCUCUGCUAAUGCGGAUGCCACAUCAAAUAAUUCGCUCAACUGUGCACCCUCUACAUCUGCACCCUCACCAACAGUUGUUGGGCUCCUCCAAGGUUCAAUGGAUUCUAGACAAGAUCAUCCAAUGUGCAGCGCAAAUGGCCAGUAUAACAGUGGGAAUAAUGGUGCAAUUCCCAGGGUGAACUCAGCAAGCUCGUUACAGUCAAAUCCAUCUAGUCCUUUCCCUUCGCAGGUGCCUACGUCACCCAACAACAACAUGAUGCCGACCCUUCAGAACGCAAACCAACUCAGUUCUCCCCCAGCAGUAUCACCAAACCUACCUCCAAUGCAGCCUCCAUCAACUCGGCCUCAGGAGUCUGAGCCAAGUGAUGCCCAAAGCUCGGUUCAGAGAAUCUUGCAAGAGAUGAUGUCAUCACAAAUGAAUGGUGUUGGCCAUGCAGGGAAUGACAUGAAGAGGCCAAAUGGGCUUACCCCUGGUAUUAAUGGGGCUAACUGCUUAGUUGGUAACGCCGUCACAAAUCACUCCGGAAUGGGAGGAAUGGGAUUUGGGGCCAUGGGCGGGUUCGGUUUGAAUCCUGCAGCCAGUGGACUCAGAAUGGCAAUGACGAAUAAUGCAAUGGCAAUGAAUGGUAGAAUGGGAAUGCACCAUAGUGCACAUGACCUAUCACAGUUGGGCCAGCAGCAGCAGCACCAGCACCAGCACCAGCAUGACAUGGGAAAUCAGCUGUUGGGUGGACUUAGAGCAGCAAAUAGCUUCAAUAAUAUUCAGUAUGAUUGGAAACCCUCUCAAUAGAGUGGCCGGAAACAUUAGAAAGUCAGUAUGAUGAGGAUUAUAUGCAGCUGUCCUGGCUGGGCUAAUUCAUUAUGGAGAAUCAAGGGCAGCGCCAUAACAACGCCCCUUGGGUCAAAGCGUUUGGGCUUUUGCUCCAAUGGUGCCAUGGCAAGGAAUCAUAAGCGACGGCAAACACCUGAGCUGGUCACUGUAUGUCUCAACGGUUAGUUUAGCUGGUUCGUUGUGUAUUAUGCAACUAUGGCACUGAGCUACCGGCCUCAGUUAUCUUACCGAAAGAUGAGUUAAAGGAUUAUAACCUGCCUGCACCGGGCACCGUUGGUGUCUGUGUAUGGCCUUAUUUCUCACCCAGAAAAGAAGUUUUCCCUCCUUUUUUUUUCUUUGACGGAUGACAUCCAAUCUGUAUUUAUCACCACCCCUUGCUGUAGCAAUCAUAUGUGCUGAUAUCUUCCCUUUGCCUGAGAAUUUUCACUUUGUAGCCGUACUGCAUUGUGUAUCAUAUUGACUAGUGUAGAAGUAUCAGGAAUGUUUUUUCUUAGGCUGGUCAGAAGGUCAAGGUCUCACUGACAAAUUGUUGUA